AUGUCCCCACGCCUAAUGACCUUCCUGGGAAUCUCCAUCCUAGGAAUAAGCAGCUACUGCGGCUUUCUCUACGCGUCCUACAGUCGCGAAGUCUCCAAGGCCCAAGCCCUGAACAUCCCCACCGACGUCUCAGACCGCUACAACACCACCGCGCCAACCUUCGACGCAGAAGUCGAGCUCUCGGAAAAGGCCAUGCGCAUGGGCUCUAAGCGCGCAGACCUGAUCCGGCUCGCGCGCGGCGACGUCCUCGAGGUAAGCUGCGGCACGGGCCGAAACCUCGAGUACUACGAGCUCGGCGAGCGGCGAGGCGUGGACGAGGCAGGCAAGGCUGCUAUCCUGGGCUGUCGCACGCUUACGUUUGUGGAUCUGAGUCCGCAGAUGGUGGCUAUCGCGGAAGAGAAGUUCGAAACGCUGCACCCGGGCUACAAGGGGAAGAGGCCUCCGGUUACGUUCCGCGCACAGGAUGCCGGGUCGGUUACUGUUGGUGUUUUGCCUAGGGGGGAGAAUGAGAAGGCGUAUUACGAUUCUAUUGUGCAGACUAUGGGGUUGUGCUCGAUGCCUGAUCCUGUGCGGACGUUGAGGCAUUUGGGGAGUAUUACGGAGCCGCGGAGUGGUCGGAUCUUGUUGUUGGAGCAUGGGCGGUCGCAUUAUGAUUGGUUGAAUCGGAUUUUGGAUAACCUUGCGCCGGCGCAUGCGGAUAGGCAUGGGUGUUGGUGGAAUCGCGAUAUUGGGGCUAUUGUCGAGGAGAGUGGAUUGGAGAUUGUGGAGGAGAAAAGGUGGCAUUUUGGGACGACGUGGCGGUAUGUGUUGCGCCCGAGAGAUAGUUCGACCAGUCCGUGA